ACCUGUCAUGUCCAUUCAUGUCAUUUUGUAACAAAAAAUUAAAUUCCUAAGUUUGUUGUGGAGGAGAGCGAGAGGGGAAGUUGUUAUUUGUUAGUUGUUACUUGCACGCUAGAUUCAUACCGCAAGCAAGGUACUAGUUCGUAAUAAUUAAUUAUGUAGAUUAUCAAUCCUAUUGUUCACAUUGUACCUACUGUGAAACAUUAUACGAAAUAACUUUUUCUCAUGGACGGGGAAGAAAGUUACUUGUGAAAGGUGUAUAAUAAAUUGAAUCGUCAUCAAUUUGGAAUACAUACUAUGAGUUGAAAGAAAAUAUUAUAUUAAUUAAAAUUUAUUAAAUCUAUUUUUUGUUAUUAUACGGUGAACUUUAAACUCUAUGUCUGGAUUUCAAACUCGUGAUACGAUGCCUAAGGUAGGGCAUGUAACUGACCUCCGUGAGCAGUGGUUGGUGCGUGCUGAUGGUGCAUUGGCACAUCGUCUUCAAGAUCGUGAGAUCUCAUCGCAUCUUUGUGAGAACAGGUAUCGUAAUCAGCAAAUACGAGAAGACUUUCCUGUAGCACUCAGUGAACAACAAGAUAUUGAACAUGAGGUGAAAAUGCGCGAAUUAUCACGUCGCAGACAAGCCGAAAUAGAUGCUGAGAUCGCGCGUGAGAUGGCGGAGAUUAAUAUUCGAAAACAAAGGCGUGAACGUCAAACUAUAGGAAUAACUCAACCAAGUUCUUCAAAAAUUCCUCCAACUAUUUCAGAUAUCAACCUUGAUGAGCUUGGUCUGCCUCCCUCAGAACUUGAAGAAAUGCGAAGACGUAUUGAGCAAGAGGAAUAUGAUGCCCGACUUGCCAGACAAUUGAGCCAUGAAGUGGAUGGUCAAGAAGCCCUCCUUGCUGAUAUGAGAUGUGCAGUGGAGGCUCAAGAUGGUGAACUAGCUCGUUUGCUGCAAGAAAGGGAAUACAAAAAAUUACAAAGGGCAAAAGAAAAAGCUAGACAAAAAGCUUUGUUGAAAAAGCAGCAAAGACUAGCUCAAGAUGUUCUUCCUGAACCCUCAGAAACUACACUGUGUGAUGCUUACUGUAAUCCAAGAGACAUGAUUCGUCAAAAUGGCUUAAGACUUUGUAAAUCUGUUGAUUCUGACCUGAACUAUGUUGAGCCAUUUGAAAAAGAGUGUAUACAGUCAAAAGCCAGUGCACUACAAACUCAUGAGUUGUCUAAACAAUACUAUGCACAAGAAGCCGGGACUAGCUCAAAUAUUAAUGUAUCACAAUCUCAUUCAAGAUCAUUUGAGGCUAAAACUAAUUCAAAUACACCACUUCAUCAUAGGCACCCACCACCUCCACCAUCCACAAGUAAGAAGCCAAGAUUUCCUGACCCAGUAAGUAUACGCCCAGCUUCUCACUAUCCAACUGAUAAUAUUGAAUCUUAUGAUGUAAAUACAUCUAUAGUGCACAGUGUAAGUGAAAAUAACAACUUAAACAGUUCUUCAUUUUCUUCUGAUAAUAUACAACCACCUCGACUAGCUUAUGAUAAAGGUGACCCAACUAAAAGGCUGUCAGUCAUAUCUGAUAUUACUGCAGAAGGUCUUGCAAAGAAGAAGAGCAAGCAAGCUGAUUUACACAAGAAACGUCGUGGUUGUAAAAUUCAAUAAUUCUUUUUGUGCAUUUCUAUCAUAAUAUGUAAUUUUGCAGACCAUUUUCAUUUAAUCUCAUUGAAUUGUUGAUUUUGUAUUGGAUAUUUAUAGAAGCAAAGAUUUUCCUGGUUUGGUUAUAAGUUGUAACUUUCCUUUGAUUAUUAUUUUUAUAAAGAUAUUGCUUUAAAAAAACUCUGAUAUAGAAACAAUUUAUUUAUAUAAUAUGCUGUUGAUUACAUUCAGACAUAUUAUAACCAAGUCUGGCAUGUAAAUUCAGUUGUUCUAUUGUGUAAGUACCUGCAAACCAAUGAGCCAUUAUAAGCCUUCAAGAAUGUGCCUUAGCAUAGUGUUUAUAACACAUAUAUAUAUAUUUUUUUUAAUUUAGAGACAGGUAAAAAAGGUAUUUAGGGUAAAGGUAACACUCUAAUCUAUAAUAGUAAGUAAAGGUUAUGGAAAAGACAUAAUGGACCUUUUCACUCAAUUUAAUGUACAUUCCAAAUGUGUGAUUUAUUUCUAACAAAAUCUUAUACUUAUAAUGUUCCACAGUCUAUUUUUGAUUGAACAUAAUUUUUAAGUAGUAAGUCUUUAAGUACCAUAAGUUAAAAUAAUUAUAUACACUGCUAUAAGUGCUCAAUUAUAAUAUAAUCUAUUUAAAUAUAACUUCAUUUAGAUAUUCAAAUUAAUGUGUGAAUCUUUUAAUUAGUAUAUGUAAAAGACUGAUUGCUAUAUUCAAUUACUCAAUAUUUUUGUCCAAUCUCUUUUGAAAUCUGAAAUAAUAUAAAGUUUUAUUUUAACAAUGAAAAGUUAAGUUAACUAAUAAGUUAAGUAUUGUUUUAUUUUUACCUGAGAAAGGUGCUUUAAUUUUUAUAAUUUAAUUUUUGUAUCCAUUUAAGCUCUCUCGAAUUUAUCUAACUGUAAGUUUAUAAAGUAUUUUUUUAAGAAAUAUAAUAAGCUUUAAAUGGCAAUUUAUGGCCUUAAAUGUGCCUUACGAAACAGAACCAAACACUUAUGUAUUAUGUGUUUUAAAUACAGUAUUUAAAACAAAUGGUGUAAUUUUAAUUCUCAAAUUUUAUUGUUAAGUUGAAUUAAGUUUAAACAGCCCAUGGUAUUCUUAAAUAUGAAAACAAGUAAAUAUUUUGUCAUUAUUAUAUAAAUGUAUAGGUCUCCUCAGAAACAAAUUUUAAAAGAAAACUAAAUUUGUUUAGUUAGACAUAAUUGUGAAAUGUAACCCAUCAUAAUUCACCUGUGUGUAUUUUCAUGUAAUUAUGUGGUACUGGUGUAAACAGAAGACAAUAUAGAAUAAUUAUUAAAGAUAUUUGUAACUAACAUUUAAGCACCCAACACGUAUAUUUUGUUUGCCCAGGUUAAGUCAACUCUGUUCCGUGCCUAUUUCCAACUAGCAGUAGAACUAUGCAAAAAUGAAUACUUUAUAUGAUAAAAGUAAAUUAAUUAUCCUAUAAUUUGAUCAAUUAACAAAACAAGUAAAAUGCUUUGAAUCUGGAAAAUUUGUUUGGGAAAUAAAAACCUUGCCAGGGCUGCUAGUUACUCUAAUAAUUUAUUUGUGAAAUAAUCUUUUUUUUUGUAAUGCGAUGUUACAGAAUAGUUGUUUGAAAGACUAAUUUUGAAAUCUGCAUCAAUACCAUUAAUGGUAGGUAUCCUUACUCAUACAUCAAAUUACUCUAAAAUCAAAAUUAGUUGGUACUAAUAAAUGAGGACUUUUGAUGACCUUAAUCUAAAUGAUGCCUUUCAUAGUGUGUGUUGUUUAUACCUUUAUAUGAAUAUGCUUUUAAUUAAUAAAACACAUUAAAUUACCAAUA